AUGAAGCUUUCAAACCCGGGAACUGUUCCCGUAUAUACAAUUUCGGGCGCAUCUAGUGCCCGACCUCUACCCGACUGGCUUGCGCGACGCAGAAAGCGAAGUUUGAAGGACGAUGCCGAAUACCAGAAUCGUGUCGAGCUUCUGCAGGAUUUCGAGUUCGAAGAGGCUAGUAACUGUAUCCGGGUCAGUGAGGAUGGCGACUGGAUCAUGAGUACAGGCACAUACAAGCCCCAGAUUCAUGUUCAUAACCUACCUCAGCUGUCGCUGUCUUUCGCUCGUCAUACCAACUCCCUCAACCACUCAUUUGAGCUCCUGUCAACCGAUUACUCCAAAUCCCUUCACCUUCAAACCGAUCGCCGCCUCGAAUUUCACACUCCCAUGGGCUGCCAUUACGAAGUCCGUCUUCCCAGAUAUGGGCGAGCUCUUGUCUACGACCGGCAAUCUACCGAGGCUCUUGUGCCAUCGGUGGGCUUGGAUAGCGAUGGUAAGGGCGAGGUGUUCCGCCUCAACCUUGAGCUAGGACGCUUCAUGAAGUCAUAUCAGGUCGAUGUUGGUGGCGACGAUGAACUUACUGGGGGCGGUUUACAAGGAGGUAUUGGGGUUGGUAGCGUCAACACGGCUGCUAUCGCUGAGAAUACUCACAACUUGCUCGCUUUUGGGACUUCGAUAGGAACAGUUGAGUUUUGGGACCCCCGAUCCAAGUCCAGGGUCGCCUUGCUAGGAGGCCACGAAGGCGAAGUUACAGCACUGGACUUCAGCCCUUCAGGCCUUUCUAUCGUUACGGGUGCUUCGAGUGGCAUGAUGCAGAUUUUCGAUCUGCGACGACCCGUGCCCCUCAUGAAGAAGGAUCAAGGAUACGGUUUCCCUGUGCAUAAGCUCAUGCAUAUGACAACGGCAUCACAAGAAAAGAAGAUUCUGUCAGCGGAUAAACGCAUCAUCAAGCUAUGGGAUGAGGAGACAGGAGAUCCUUGGACGUCAGUAGAGCCUAUCGUGGACAUCAACGACGUUGCAUGGUGCAAGAAUACCGGUAUGAUCAUGACAGCCAACGAAGGCAAGCAGCAACAUGCGUUCUUCGUUCCCCAACUAGGUCCCGCUCCUAAAUGGUGCUCAUUCUUGGACAACAUGGUCGAAGAAAUGGCGGAAGAGGUGCACACCGAAACAUACGACAACUACAAGUUCUUGACACUGCCCGAACUGAAGCAGCUGAGCUUGUCCCACCUGGUUGGAAAGACCAGCCUACUUCGACCUUACAUGCACGGAUACUUUGUGGCCUCCAAGCUGUACGAGCAGGCUAGAUUGAUUGCCAACCCAUACGUCUGGGAAGAGGAGAGGACGAAGCGUAUCAAGGAUAAGGUCGAGAAGGAACGCGCAAGUAGAAUCAGAGGCACUAAGAAGGUCAAGGUCAACCAGAAGAUGGUGGAUAAGAUUCUCAAGAAGCAGGAGAACAGAGAUGAGGUUGACACCAAUGUCGGUGUUCUUGGUGAUUCCCGUUUCAGCAAGAUGUUCGAGGAUGAAGCCUUCCAGGUGGACGAGACUACUGGAGAGUUCCGUGCUCUCAACCCAAGCACUGCGGUGGGACAGCAGGUCGAUUCGAAGGCCCCAGCCCGAUAUCAGGGCAAGGACUCUGACGAUGAUGUGUCCGGUGAUGAAGAUAUGGAGAAGAAAGUCCCAGCAACAAGGCGAAAGACCAAGGACGAAGACGUCGUCAUGCGUGUGUCUUUAACCACCAACCAGGGACGGGCUGUCAAGGACACGGCGCUUGGCUCGAGACAGCAGAAGUCGGGGCGCACUCACCAGGCCCGAGGAGAGGUUGUUGGCGAGCGCCAAGUGUCCUUCAUUCCAGAGUCAAGGAGAAAGCAAAAGAAGAGAGAGGAGGAGCUACCUGCUGAACCCCGGGACAAACGAACAGGAGCUGCUCGACGCAGCGCCAGUGGCAACACAUUUAGACGGAUCUAA